GCGGGAUAUCUCGAGACUCUUCAUAAUGAGUGCUGCAGCGUCAGAUCGCUGUGUGAAAGAUAAUAGGGCUUCCACCGGCUGCUCCUGGACGUUUGGGUUGCUUUCUGAUGGAGUGCUUUGGCUGAUGUUAUGGUGUCUUCUCUGUGAGCUGCCAAAUCGCAUCUUCUUUCCGGCGCUAGUGGCUAUGGGAUUCUCUGGGCUAGAGGUAUUCUUGGCCGUACAUCUCUUCACUGCACUGAUUGGGAUCAAGCUGGUAUGGCGCUUCUGCGCGAACUGGAUCUCAGUCUUGCUGGCCGCCUCCUUGCCAGCAUUCUACUACUACGGUGAACUAGAGGAUCACUAUGAACGAUCCAUUUAUAUUGGGGUCGCUGUCAUAUUCCUGUCGUUUGCAGCACAAGGUGCCUUAUUCCACUCGCCCGAACGGAGCAACCGGUUGCUAUGGGGACAGAACCUGUCAUUGCUUCUAUUGAUCUCCGUUCGCUUUGCCUGCAAGAGUGCUCUACCCGUGUGGUCAUUUCAUCGAGGCGCUACGCCUCAGUGGAAGAAUGCCGAUCCAUGGACCUUUGAUGUUCCGCAGUUCGACAAGUACAUGGCUUGUGUAGGCUUGUUAGCCGUGAUGUACUUUGGCGUUGAAAAGUUGCCAGCGAUGCACCCCCACACACCCACACCCACAUUGCGGUGGGUCAUACCUGCUCUGGCUCUUGGAACCAAUCAAUUUCUCCUAUUCUGGUUGUUUACUUGCCACAGCGUCGUGCCGAGAUGGGUGGGUGUGGAUAGCACAAACUUCGGCUUCUACAUUAUUCUCGGUUUAUUCUUUGGGUUUGCGCUCUCGUCCCAAUGGCGCGUGGUUCAGAGCCAGCUCUUCAAUCUUGUGGGUCUCGUUGGUGGUUACCAACUUUACUAUGGAGACCCCCUAUUCGGAUUCCUGGGCGGACUGGCCGUUGCUGUCUUCGCAUCGGCGUCUACUAUGUACACGUACGUCAGCGUAUUCAAGUGCGCAAGUGUCAAAGGCAGGACGCUAUUUCUCGGUCAGCUCACGUUUGUGUUCUUGGAAUUCACCACGGUCUGGAAUAUCGCCUACAUGUUUCUGGAUCUGGGUGACACCUUCCGAGAGUCUCCGCACUAUCCGCUCUUCUUCUCGCUUGUGUGUAUAUCCCUCAACAACAUGAUCACAAAUACGCCGGCAGAGCGCGAGAUAAAGAAUGGUGGGAUCAGGACAGUGCCCCUGAAAGCGCUGGUGGCUCUGUUCGUGCUAGUCACGUGCCCGUGCUAUGUGUAUAGAUACACGUACGCCAUCACACACCCACAUAAGGUUGAUGUGUCAUCGGAUGAGGAUAUCAAGGUUAUGAUCUGGAAUGUGCACACCGGUUACGCUGAUAACGGAUACGACAAUUACGUACUAGCAGCCAACUUCGCACAAGACAUGAAGGCGGGUGUCAUCGCUAUCUUGGAGAGUGAUCAAGCACGAGUGGUGACGGGCAACAGAGACCAGGUGGAGUUUCUAGGCGCAUCGCUGGGGUUUGAAUAUCAUAGCUAUGGCGUGCAGACACGAGACAGCACCUGGGGCUGUUCCUUCAUCUCUUUAUAUCCUGUCAAGGCAAGCAAUAUUACGGUGCUCCCUUCCCCGUACGGCACGCGAUCGUGCCUGAUCGAUGCGAUCUUGGAUGUGAAGGGGAACGACUUCAACGUUAUUGUAUCACACUUCUCGACCGAAGAAUUUCCGGAAGAUUUGAAGCUUCAGACAAAUGCCGUGUCCCAGAUGACGCAGGACAAGAAUGAAAUACCGCUCACCGUCCUAUGCUAUAUCACAAGCGCUCCGAUGUCGGCUCUAUGGUAUCCGUGGUCUGAGCGGGAGAAUUACAACACCCUAGUCACGAAAGGAACGCUGAAGGAUCCGGAUCCCAAUGAUUUCGACCGGUGGUGCCAGUAUAUCUUCUACAAGAACACGCGAGUGAAGAGUUUCGCGCAUGUAGAUACCGGCUACAUGUCUGAUACUGAGGCGCUGGUGGCGGAUAUCGAAUUUCGACGAGCGAACAGUACUGCUGCGCAGCCUGAGGACAGCUCUGUCGAUGCGAAGUUCUACAAGUACUUCAUCGAUCGGCGUGAGCUGAAGUAUUGGUAUACCAAGGCAAUACGCGACAGCGAGAAUCGUCCGUUGAUCUGGUGACCGUUGUAGGAGCACAACUAAUUAUCGUAAUUUUCAAAAUAGUCCAAAUUUCGCGAUCGGUCUUUGGCUCACAGUUCGACGUCAUCAUUCACAUGCAAUAUUCUGUAUCCGUGGUUGCAACCCAUUUCUAACGACAAGUGCCGACGGUUUGAAAUCAGAAUGUGUUGCUGUAUCUCAAUCAGGGCGAGGCACAGCCUGCAAUGGUGGAAACCGUACAAGUGUGGUAGGCACUUGCCUAUAUACAACUGUGAUGUAGGAAAGGUCCACAGUAGUGAUACCACCCAAAACAAGCAUCGUCCCAUUGGCCAAACAUCGCUCGGGUCGGGUUCAAACUAGGCGUGCGCACGAAAGUAGCGAUAAAUAAUCCUGGAAUGUAUUCCAGCAUCCACUAAUAAUAAAGUUCCGCGCUACAUACCA